GUCUUUAAGGCCGGACCUCACGGCUCUCACUCGGCUUGUUUUUGGUGCCACGCUGCGGCGCCUGCUCAGUGCGCCUCCUUCGGAUCCAGGACCAGGGUCUGCUCCGUGUCGUACGUCUGCUGCACGCUCUGUGUGUGUGUGUGAGUGUGUGUGUGAGUGUGUAUGUGUGUGUGUAUAUAUGUGUGUGUGUGUGUGAGAGAGAGAGAGUGUAUGCGCGCGCUGUCUGACGGUAACCUAUGGAUUGACGGAGGGAGGCUUUUGUUGUCAUCCCGGUGGUUUGUUCUGCUGGAGCUGCACUUUCACCGGAGAAUGCCCAGAGGAACCGGAGCUGGGUUACUGCACGGAUAGCGCAGAAAUACCCCCGAGAAACACGAUAUUGACAUGAAGAAAGACAUAGAGACUCUUAUAGCAGAGGAACGCGCUGAUAUCAUCUUGAAGUAUGCCAUGGGCAGGCAGGGCGGGGUGGAGGUCGACCCCUGGGAGGAUGCCGACUUCAGUAUCUACAAAGUCAUCGACCGCUUCGGCUUCAUGCUCGAGGAGGAGCUGCCGGCGCCGACAGCACACGAGGAAAAGAGGAAGCAGCUGGAGAUAGAGAGAGCGGAGAAGUGGCUGAAGAUGGUGAAGAAGUGGGAUAAAUACAGGAGCAGUGACAGAAUGGUCAAACGGGUUUAUAAGGGCAUUCCCCUGCAGCUCCGAGGCCGGGCCUGGGCGCUGAUGCUGGACGUGGAGGCGGCCAAGAAAGACAACGAGGGCAAAUACGAGAGAAUGAAGGAGCAGGCCCGACUGUACUCGUCUGAGAUCAAACAGAUCGACCUCGACAUCAACAGGACUUUUCGAAACCACAUCAUGUUCAUGGAUCGCUUCGGAGUCAAGCAGCAGUCCCUCUUCCACGUCCUCUCUGCAUACUCCGUCUACAACACAGAGGUGAGCUACUGUCAGGGGAUGAGUGAGAUCGCCGCCCUGCUGCUGAUGUACAUGAACGAGGAAGACGCCUUCUGGGCGCUGUCACAGCUGCUGACCAAUCAGAGACACGGCAUGCACGGAUUCUUUGUGCCCGGGUUUCCCAAACUUCACCGUUUCCAGGCACAUCAUGAUCAGAUUAUUUCCAAACUCAUCCCCAAGCUGAAGAAACAUCUGGACCGGGAGCAGAUGUCUGCAGGGAUUUACUGCACCAAGUGGUUCCUGCAGUGUUUCAUUGACAGGACGCCGUUCACGCUGACCCUCCGUCUGUGGGACAUUUUCAUCCUGGAGGGAGAGAGGCUCCUCACCGCCAUGUCCUACACCAUCCUGAAGAUACACAAGAAGCGUCUGUUGAAGAUGUCUCUGGAGGAGCUCAGAGAGUUCCUGCAGGAGAGGAUCGCUCAAUCUUUCUUCUACAGCGACGACGUGAUCAUCGAGCAGCUUCAGGCCUCCAUGACGGAACUGAGGAAAAUGAAGCUGGACCUUCCUCCACCAGGGAAGCCAGAGGAGCUGCCUCGUAAGCCUCUGGGUCAGGAGCUGCCGGUGCUGUUGAGUCCCUCCGGAGGGAAGCCGUCCUCAGCCAGCGGGUUCCCCAGAGCUGGCCUGAGCCUCCACAUCAUCUCACACCACCCUGACUCCAUCUCCCCGGACCAGAGCCCCUCCAAGGACCCCCAGGAACUCGAGGCCGCCGGCCAGGAGGAGGCCCCGCUGCCUUCCCCAGACCCCAUCAUCAUCCACAGCCAGGUUCCGCUGACCCCCGACGGCUCCCCGCUUACCGGGCCUCCGCCUUACCAGCCCCCCGAGAGUCACACAGCGUAUCAUCCGUCACCACCAAACCAGAGGAGCGAUGAAAUGAAACCACAGAUCGCAGAUUCACCAAGCUCUGCAGACGACUCCUCUCUGACCACACGCUCGUCCAUCAACACCGAACAAUCGUCCUGCAAGGUCCCGCGGACUGUUUCCGCCCCCGUAGCCCAGGCGGCAUCGCCGUCCCUGGGCCUGGUUCAGUCUGAGAGUCUGUCUGCAGCACAGAGGCCUGAGGACAGGUUCCUGGUCCAGCUGCUGGAGCAGACCUCUACUCUGACUAACAGACACCUGAACCAGGACUCGAGUGACGCGUCAGAGGAAACACAGCCUACCGAUGUUUCAUGAAACGAGCGUUCAGCGUUUCUCGAGUGAUUGAAUCUGUCAAGAGUCCGCUCUGAAAGGUUCUGAGAAGCUCGCGUUAAGACUUUUAAAGCUGUCUCGUGGAUUCAUGUUUUGGUAAAGAAGUAUUAUAUCAGUCAAUUAUUAGUUUCAGGACCAAUACUUUUAAUUUGGCCUAAAUCCUAAAAAGUUGUGUAAUAAUUCCACAAGGCUAAAUUAAGAGUAGUUUCAUGUUAAGUAACAGGUUAUUAAAUAUGUAUUUGUAGAUCAGAAGCGGUUGGACUCGCUGUUUGGUGCAGAAACGGGAAAAAAGCUGCUGUCUGAAUGUAUACAUUAUCCCAGAAAUCACAGAAGUAUCCCGUCUAAGAAAAUCUAAAGAAACAAGCCAUUGGCAUUAAAAUAUCCCAGCCAACCCUCUCAGAUCUCGAUGAUUAAUAUCAGUUUUAUUUAAGCAACACUUUUGUUGCAAAUCCACAUUAGUUGUGGCGGCUCCUUUGCAUCUCAUAAUGCAAAGAGGAGGACGAUUUCUUCAGAUUAUUAUUACAGGAGAUCUAUAAUCCUCUCUUUCAGCAUUAAUGACGUCAGUCUGGGACACCUGUUGAGGAGCGUUGUGAGAUGUGGAGCUCAAAAACCUCCGUAUUAAUCUGAUACUGUUGUCAGUAAAAUCCCUCAUUUCAGCCUUUCCCUGAAACGCUUCAUUUCAGCUGCUGUCUCUUUAAUUUGGCUUCUCAGAAACUCGCUCACUCCUUUAGCAUGGAAAUUUUCCUUCAAUGCAAACCAGAUAAAUUCAAAGGUUCAACUGCAGAGAGAUGACAAAUAUCCACUAUCCACUAAAGAUAUCAGUGGCCGACCGAUAUGAGAUUGUUACGGCCGAUACCGAUAUUAGAAAAAAAAAGAUUGGAUAUCGAUAUAUCGGCUGGUAUCUUUCUUAGCUCUAUGUUUCUAUCUGUAGAGAUAUAUAUACAUAUGAUCCCUCAAAUGCAGUUAUCAAACAGUCAUGGAAAAGACAAACAGUUUAACGUAGACGAGAUGUAACCGAGCAUAGUGAUGAUGCUUGUUGUAAUCCACAUAGCGCCCUCUGCUGGUGGCAGCCAGAAAGAGAACUGCUUGUGUAAUACAGAGAAACUCCAAUGAAAUGCUAUUUGACAGGUGAAUAAAUAUUGUAAUAUCAGCGCAUAUCUGCGAUAAAAUAGCCGAUACUGAUAGUCACUUGAUAUGCUGAUAAAUCGGUCGGGCUUUAAAAGAUAUCAUGACUGAGUCUUCACAGAGACGCUUCUUUCACUCGUUUUUGCACCAAGCAUGUUGAAUUCCAGUUUGAUAAAUUGUUCCCUGGAUUGGGGGGAUGUUGGACGGGACACUAAGAGACGACGCUGCAGAGAGAUACCUCGCAGAAUGACAUCACAGCGACUCUGUUUCCUGUCUGUACUAACCAGAAAGAGUUUUAUUAUUCAGGAGUCUCGGAGGCGUCCACCCUUUACAACAAGAAUAAACAUUUUUGUAGUUUUGUAACGUUUUGCUAGAGAACAAAUGUCGCUCGGGUUAGCCUUUGUAAAAUGUUUGCUUGCAGGGUUACACUUUUUAAUUUUGUAUCAAAUGUCUCGAUGCCUUACUCGGACGCUGUUGAUGUUGAACCCUGCUCAGACGCAGAGGGAGUGAGGUCAUGUAACAAAAACAGACUGUCAGGUGUUGUUGGACUGAACAGAAAUCAUCUGACUCGGUGAGCUGGCUCACUGUUAUGAUUGUACACUUUGAAGCUCAUUUUUAAAGAGGUGUUUUUUUUUCGUGCUCGGUUAUUUAUUGUUUUAUCCUCUAACCGCUCCUGGGCUCGUCAUCCUUUCCAACUGGAACAUCUGCUGCAUUUCCAACGAGCUCCUUUAACGCUGAACAUUUGUUUUACAAACAAAGGAUCUAGAUUUAGACGUGUCAGACUUUGUUUACCUCGUUCUUAAAGAUGUACAGUGUUGUAGAAGCAGUUAGGUUAGAGGAGUUAGAACCAGGCAUGGAAAACCGUCUCUGCAGCUCGGUGCUUAGAAAUAGUGAAACGCUGACAUCUUGUGGUCGCUUUAGGCGACGCAUGUCUCUAGAUCUAGGAGUAGAAAUGUAGAAAGGGUUGAAGUGACAUUUAAGACGACAACAAAUUAAAGUCUUGCUCUGCGACGCCUUUAAAACAUGUGACUAUAUCUGACUGUAAUUCUUUGCUCAAACUGCUUCAUCCGUGUAUCAAAGCAUCCACAGUUCAACCGACCUGCCCGAAGUCGACGUGAACUCGGAGUAUCUGGUGAAGUCGUUUGGCGCUUCAGGUCGGAGUGUGGAGUCAAAGUGUUGAACAGAUUUGUUGUACACUGAAAUCUUAAAGCACCUUUUGUUUGAAGUUGUGAAAUCCUUGAGCUGACACAAUACAACUUUUAUCGUC